AACCGCGCAGCCUGCUGGGAAAGCGCGAUGUUCAAAUUGGUUUCCGGUUUUGUUCCCCUUCGGACGACGAGACAGACAUGGAACGACAUCAUAACAGGUUAAAAAAAAACCCUUUUAUUUCUUUUUCAAUACUUUAUUAUAUAGUUUUUUUGUUCGUUACUACAACAUAAACGUUAUAGUUUGGUAAAUAGUAUGUGAUCAUUGUCCGAACGUUAAUCGUGAGCUUUUUCGUCUGCUCGGAGACGAUAGGACCAAACAUUACUCAACAAUUGGAUAACUUUAAGUUUUGUUCCUUUUGAUAAAAUAAACAAAUCGUAAAUGCUGUAGAAAUACAAUUUCCUUUAACUGUGAAGAUUGAUUUUUAAUUCGGCAACUAUAUUACAUCAAAGAGAGCACUUUUAAGAGUCAAAUUGUCAUCGUAAACACUCGCUUCACGUUCGCUCCAUGCAUUACUCUCAACUUAAAAGUAUGCAAAAACUAAAAUGGAUUCAUGUCAGAGUUAUUCUUCCAGGAUUCUACAGCAAAAAGCGCUUCUUUUGUACGGUUUUUGUUUUAAUUGUACUUUUUGUUGCAAUGUCCAAACAUAGAAAUAUAAAUCAUAUUGAACAGAGUGUUAUUAGUCUUAGCAGAGCCUUGCAACUUGGCCUGUUAUGCAUUUUUCUCCUCACAAAAAACGCUCAAUUUCGCCAUUUAAGUUGAAAGAAAUUCGCCCUUGAAACUUGACACACGAUAGGGGGCUGCUUUUACCACGUUCUGAAUUAUUUUUACCAGUUUGUGCCAUAUAAAUGACAUGACAUGAAACAUCAGGAACUGUUAAAACCACAUAAAGCUACAAUGAUUAUUUUGUGUGUUUUGCAGUGUUACAAAGACCCCUCUGGACAGAGUUCAGAGGAGGAGCAAGAGUAAGAGCUACAGACAGUCGCUUCGCAGCUGCUUAGGAGCUACCUGUUUAACUCCAGCAUUGACAACACGGAGACUCAACAUCAGCAGAAGGGCUCCAAAGUCCCACAACAUCACUGUGAGUCCACUCAUACCAUAGUUCUCCAUGUUGACUCUCUAAGAGGAACACAGGUAGAUGGGUAAUCUUCUCCAUGUUCCUCUUCCCUGUCAAUAGGAGAAGGUGAACCCGGAGCAGCUGGCCUUAAUGGUAAAAACAGAGUGGCAGCUGUCAUACGUCACCCCUCUCUAUCAGUUCAGGCACACGCAGCUGAAGAGCUACUCCAGGCAGCUCUCGGCGUUCAUAGCUGCAGAGAAGCAGCAGGGUCUGGCGGUGGAGGUGGAGGGAUCACAUGGCAGCUUCAGGGUUUCCUUCUCUGUGGUGCAGGGGAUGUCCGAGGCAGCUGAUGAUGCUGAGACUGUCCUCAUCCAGGUGAGCAGAGAGGGUGCUUAGAUGAACUUCUCAGGGCUCAUUUUGACAACUUUUCCCCUGUGAUAGUGCCUGAAAAUGACUUAAGGUUUGCUGUAUUUAAAGCCAACUAGAGUACAUGCCACUAAAACACACAAAGCAGCAAUAUGGUAUACAUGUAUGUUACAGAAUAAAGAGAGAAAAACAUAUAGAUGCACCAGUUUCAGAUUUGAUAGCUCAAAACUUGUAUUACCUGCAACUUAAAAUGUUUUCCUCAAGCCUCAAUUUCAUAUGAUUAAAAAUACUGUAUUUACAGUUUGCACAUCUGAACCACCCUGUUAACUGUCCCAAAAGAGCACCAGUUUAGACUUUUAAAGACCAGAAUAGAUAACCUUGAACUAGUUUAUGUUUUAUAUUGUUAUGAUGACUCCUAACUCUUCCCUUCCCUGCCGCAGAUCCACUUAAAGCGUCUGUUCAGCAGGCAGGAUGAGCCUGCAAAAGUAGUCUGGAGCGGCUUGCUGACCUGCAUCAACGGCAGCCCUGAUUACCUGCGCUCCCUCCCAAAGGACUUCACCUGCCUGCCACUGUUGUGCAGCAGUGGCGCCGAGGGUCUCACCUCUGCGGUGAAAUCCUGGUUCCAGCAGACCUUCGAUUGCUACUUCGGCCAGCUGGAAAUCAGCCACACCAGCCUGCAGUGGAUGAUUGCUUUAUGGACCAACUGCCAGACAGAGUCCGCCAUCCAGUUCCUGAAAAUGAUUUGGACUCUACCUGUUGUGCCACCGCUAAAGGUCACAUACACGGUUAACGGCCAAGAUGCCUGGGAGCUGUGGAGCAGCGUGAGGAAGGACCCACAGAAGGAGGGUAACGGAGAGGACGAGGAUGAGAACAGUAUCGAUAUAGAGGAGGUGAUGAGGUUCAUGCAGGGCCUGAAGAGCCACUUCUACAGACACUUCAGGCUGGAUCUGUCAGCAGGGAAAUUGGACCAAGUCUCCACUGCGCUGGGGUCAGCCAAAUGCAGCGGCAUGAUAAAGGUAAAGUGUGACAGAAGCAACUUUUCCUCCUGUGGAGUGAAGAAAAUUCUGAAUGUUGGACUAAAUUUUUUUUUCUUUUUUUUUCCAGAUCUCUAACAGCAAGUACAUGAUCUCCACUCUGACGCUUCUGACGGAGUGUGCCCUCCUCAAAAUGCCAAUCUGACGGACCAAACACUUUUUUUAACGCCACUAUCAAACACAAUAUUACAGUAGAACUUUGAUUUACUCUUUUCUAGACCUAUGUGGAAGUUAUUGGCCACAAGACUGCAUUUGAUCAAAGCAAAAAAUUUUAUUUUCCAAAGCUACAAUUAUGACCAGGAAUUUAGCUGAAAGUGUUCCUAGUUUUCCUAAUUUUCUACCUUAAAUGCUGUUCUGGCAAACACACUGAGGUUUCACCCUCUCUUUUGUAAAUACCUCACAGUACAUAUUAACCCAACUCUAUUUUUGUCAUUUAUAGUUGUAAAUAAAAGCAAAAAAAAAAGGA